UAUAAUGGGAAAACAAGGGUGUAGCAGAGGUGUACUAGGAUGCAGUGAUUCUCCUUCUUGGAGGAGGAUCACAGAGGUUGAUUGGCGUUGUAAUUCCAAAACCUUGUUGCUUCAUGGGCUCAAGAGUGAUGCUUUAAAAUAUAGUUCUUGUAAGGGACUCUAUGCUGGGAAAAAGCAUUUGUGGCUCCAAAAGCACUUAAGGACCAUAGUUGUUAUGGUUGGAUUGUUGGGAUGCCUUUUGCUUCUUGAUUCUCUUGUGGUCUCUUUCUCUGAUUUUGCAAACUUUCAACCCAGCACAGCCUCAAGUAAUUCAAGCGGGUUUCAGGGUAGGGAUCUCUACGUCAACAAGAAACAAUCACCAAUAGAAAUGUAUGAUCGGCUAAUAAACAUGGCUUCCAAUGUUCUUGCUGAGAGGGAUUUGAAGCAAGAGCCAUCCAAUUUGUGGGUGGAACCAUAUCACCAAGCAGCAUCUUCAUGGGAACGUUGUGCUGACAGAAAAGCCCAAACCAAUCCGGGGAACUCAGUAGAAAGUAACGGCUACAUCUUAGUCAGUGCAAAUGGUGGUCUUAAUCAACAGCGAGUCGCUAUUUGUAAUGCUGUUGCCGUUGCGUCCCUACUCAAUGCAACUCUAGUUAUUCCAAAGUUUCUUUACAGCAAUGUAUGGAACGAUCCAAGUCAGUUUGGAGACAUAUACCAGGUUGAGCAUUUCAUGAAUAUCCUGAAGGAUGAUAUCAACAUUGAGAGGGAACUCCCUCCUCAUAUGAAAUCAUUGGAUGUAGAAGCAAUUGGUAGCCAGAUUACAGAUGCAGAUCUUGUGAAGGAGGCCACAGCUGCUGACUAUAUCAAAAUUGUGCUUCCUCUUCUUUUAAGAAAUGGAGUUGUUCACUUCCUUGGAUAUGGAAAUCGACUAGGUUUUGAUCCACUUCCUUCUCAUAUUCAGAGGUUAAGAUGCAAAUGUAAUUUCCAUGCGUUGAAGUUUAUCCCAAAAAUUCAAGAAGUUGGCUCACUAUUGAUAAAAAAGAUUAGAAAAUAUAGUGCUCCACGAAGCAUGUUGGAUACUCAGUUGCUGGGGGAGUUCAUUGGCAACAACAAAGAUCACAAUGAAGCUAGAGGCUCAGCCAAAUAUCUUGCUUUGCAUUUAAGAUUUGAAGUUGACAUGGUGGCCUAUUCCUUAUGUGAAUUUGGAGGUGGGGAAAAUGAGAGAAAAGAACUACGAGCCUAUAGAGAAAGCCAUUUUCCUCUACUUCUUGAGCGCUUGAAGAAUUCAAGCCCAGUCUCUCCAGUGAAGUUGAGGAAAUUGGGAAGAUGCCCUUUGACCCCAGAAGAAGCAGCACUUGUUUUAGCAGGUCUUGGUUUCAAACGUGGAACUUACAUUUACUUGGCUGGUUCUCAUAUUUAUGGGGGAGAUUCAAGAAUGCAUCCCUUCACUAGACUCUAUCCCAAUGUGAUCACCAAGGAAGAUCUGCUUGCACCUAGUGAACUAGCACCCUUUAGAAAUUUUUCUUCUCAGCUAGCUGCUUUGGACUUUAUUGUAUGCGCUACUGCUGAUGUAUUUGCCAUGACGGAUUCAGGUAGCCAACUCUCAUCAAUGGUAUCUGGAUUCAGAACAUAUUAUGGUGGUGAUCAUGCUCCUACCUUGAGGCCAAACAAGAAGAGAUUAGCAGCAAUUUUGUGGGAGAAUGGCACCAUUGGAUGGAACAAUUUUGAAGAGAGAGUAAAGAAAAUGAUCCAGGAAAGUCAGAAGCUUAGCAUAAGGAAAUAUGGUAGAAGCAUUUAUCGACAGCCUAGGUGCCCAGAGUGUAUGUGCAAACAAUAAUGA